CGGAAUACCCACCUAUUGCAACCUACCACAGUUUAGAAACCCUAUUUAUCCGAGGCUUAACCGGCUCGAGGCUAAUUUGUCAGCAAAUACCUCAUCUAGGUAAACUCUAGUCCUAGACUCCGAUAACCAAACUUUUAACACAGCAGGGCUCCCGAAAUAUAUAAGGGUCAUGGGUUCCAUUUUCUCUCCAGUAUUAAAGGUCAAUAUUCAAGCUAAACACGAUAAAAUAUGUCUCCCCCAACUGCCACUGAGGAUGUUAUUGUUUCUUUAAAGGCGACCAAUCUUGACGCCAUCACCGACAACGGUGGACAGAUCCUUGUCGACUUGAAGAAGGGAAAGCCGAAGGGCGGUCGCUCUCCUUUAGCACACCUCCUUCCUCCUACCACGCUUGCCCGGUUUGAGAAGUAUGGAAUCGAUGUGAGCCAGGGCUACCCUGAAGUUCCUCCCCAAGAAAAGAUCCCAACUUUCCUAGAUGAAGCGUUUGCGGUCAGGAACGAAGGCUACCCUUAUGUCGAUCGCGGAAAAAAUGCUGAUCCGGAAAAGAAGGCUUUGUUUGGCGCUGCUACGGAAGUUAUCCAUCUCACCAAGCACAUUGGUACCGAAAUCGUGGGCUUGCAGUUGCAAGCUUUGACCAACCAGCAACGAGAUGAGUUGGCGUUGUUGAUUGCUGAAAGAGUUGUGGUGUUUUUCCGUGAUCAAGAUUUGUCUCCGCAGAAACAAUUGGAGUUGGGCGAAUACUACGGUCAGGUAGAGAAGCAUCCACAGGCUCAACAUCUUCCGGGCCACGAUGGCAUCACCAUUAUCUGGCCAGAGCUUUUCCUGCAAUUGGGAAUCAGCAGCACCUUUAAGCAAUCCAAAACUACUGCCAGAUGGCACACGGACUUGACCCACGAACACCAGCCGGCUGGGAUCACUCAUCUUCACAACGACGCUAUCCCGAAAGUCGGUGGUGACACGGUGUGGGCUUCGGGAUACGCCGCUUUUGACAAGUUGUCCCCUGCGUUGCAGGAGUUUUUGGAGGGAAAGACCGCAAUUUUCAAGUCUGCCCACACCUACUUUGACAGAAACGACCCAUUGAACGGAAAGAAGCAGGUUGAAAGAGAGCACCCAAUUAUCAGGACGCAUCCUACCACUGGCUGGAAGUCUCUUUUCGUUAACCGUACCUACACCGACAGAAUUGUUGGAUUAGAGCCGGGUGAGUCGGAGGUGAUUUUGGAGUACUUGUUUGGAGUGUUUGAGAAGAACUUGGAUAUUCAGGUUCGUUUCAACUGGAAGCCAACCAAGGCUGAUUUGGGUACCUCUGCCUUGUGGGACAACAGAAUCUCCCAGCAUAAUGCCAUUUGGGACUACGAAAACAGCGAGCCUCGCCAUGGCACCCGUGUCACUUCAUUGGGUGAACUUCCGUUUUACGACUCAGAAUCCAAGUCACAGCGUCAAAGUUUAGGGUUGUCGCUCGUGUAAACCUGGAUAUUUUUCGUUUGAGAGUUCUUUCCUGUUUGAACAACAGGUUGAGCCCAAAUAUGUUUUAUUUUCGUAUUUCAAUUAAAGGUUCUUUCUUA